AGUAAAUACAAAGGUAUAUUUCAAAUCAUAAAAAUCCAUUCAAUUUGUUUAUAGGCAUCACAUUCUCAUCCUUGUUCAUCUCACACUCUUCUUUUAUCACUCCCUUUUUCCUUCUCCCUUCUUUCUCUCUUCCCCUUUCAAAAACAAUUCAAUUUGGCUCUCAAUAGUCAAUAGUCGCAUCAAAAAGUAGAAUCAGAUCAGAAGGAAAACAAUGGAGCUUUUUUACAUUCUUGUAUUUGGUGCACUUGCUGCUGUUGUUGCAACAUUAGAACUCAGCAAAACUAGCAAAGAUCGCAUCAACACAUCCUCUGCUUUCAAUUCUUUCAAGAACAAUUACUUGAUUGUUUACUCUCUUAUGAUGGCUGGGGAUUGGCUACAAGGUCCAUAUGUGUAUUAUCUUUACACUACUUAUGGUUUUGGAAAGGGUGAGAUUGGGCAGCUUUUUAUUGCUGGGUUCGGAUCCUCCAUGUUGUUCGGGACGAUUGUUGGAUCCCUUGCUGAUAAACAGGGUCGUAAAAGGGCAUGUGUAACUUAUUGUCUUACCUAUAUUAUGAGCUGCAUCACUAAGCACUCUCCACAAUACAAAAUUCUAAUGAUUGGCCGUAUUUUGGGAGGCAUUGCCACAUCCUUGCUAUUUUCGGCCUUCGAGUCGUGGCUUGUUGCCGAGCACAAUAAGAAAGGAUUUGAACAGCAAUGGCUUUCUGUGACUUUCUCCAAGGCUAUUUUCCUUGGCAAUGGUUUAGUUGCCAUUUUGUCUGGAUUAUUGGGGAAUCUGCUAGUUGAUACUUUUGGGUUUGGUGCGGUUGCUCCAUUUGAUGCUGCAUCUUGUUUCCUUGCAAUUGGUAUGGUAAUCAUAUUAACUUCGUGGGGUGAAAACUUCGGGGAUGCUUCAGACAAUAAAGAUUUGCUCACACAGUUUAGCACUGCUGCUGUUGCUAUUGCUUCCGAUGAAAAGAUUGCAUUGCUGGGAGCCAUACAGUCCUUGUUUGAAGGUUCCAUGUAUACAUUUGUAUUUCUUUGGACUCCUGCUUUGAGCCCAAAUGAUGAAGACAUUCCUCAUGGUUUCAUAUUUGCCACAUUCAUGUUGGCCUCAAUGUUGGGAAGUUCCUUUGCAUCACGCUUGUUGGCUCGUUCUGCCAAAGUUGAGAGCUAUAUGCAGAUUGUCUUCAUUGUUUCUUCUGCCGCACUCAUGCUUCCAAUUGUGACCAGUUUUCUGGUGGCUCCAUCUGGAGUAAAAGGCGGAGGUAUCUCAUUUUCUGGUUGCGUCCAGCUGCUUGGUUUCUGCGUAUUUGAAGCUUGUGUGGGUAUUUUCUGGCCAUCGAUCAUGAAAAUGAGAUCACAGUACAUUCCCGAAGAGGCACGAAGUACAAUCAUGAACUUCUUCCGCAUACCUCUGAAUAUCUUUGUGUGCAUUGUUCUAUACAAUGUUGAAGCGUUCCCCAUAACGAUCAUGUUUGGCAUGUGUUCUAUUUUCCUUUUCGUGGCAUCGAUAUUGCAGAGGCGCCUUUUGGUUAUUGCCGAAAGUCAAAGACCAAAAGCACAAGAAUGGUCAGCUAAGGAAAGAGACCCGGAAGCAGAGCCACUUAACGAGUAACUAUGAAGUUAGGAGACACAAACAAUUUGAGGUUGAUCAGUCUACAUAGUUGUGGCUAAAUAAAAUUGUGUAUUUGUUGGAAGAUGACUAUUAGGUGGAAAUUACUUGAUGGUCGUCAUGGUAGCUUAUCGACGAGGCUGGAUACUGGGAAAAGAGCUGCACUUAUUUUUGAGUAGCAUUUGAAAAACAGUGUGUAGUGUGUAUGUCAAAUUAGGAUGAAUUUUCAGAUAUUAUUAGUAUUCCAAUUCUUCUCCAUUAUUAUUUUACCAUAUUAUUUGUAGUCUUAGCAGAAUUGUGAUUUAUGGAUGUUCUAUUUAUUUACUGGUAUAUCCCUCUUUGUAUUAAUAUUAUAAAUGUUGAUGAAACCCUUAAAUCA